AAAUUGCAGAGAGCGAGAGGAUUACAGCAUGCAAAAGGCGCCUCCUCCUCGGAGAAAACGAUUUUCUGAAUUCCUUUUCGCACCCUCUUUCCAUCUCUUUCUUAUUCCCUUGCAUUCUCCUUCUCCCCUUGGUUUUUUCGUAAAUCUCCCCAUCUCUCAGCCUUCUUUCCAUCAGAGUCCCCCAUUUUCACAUCAGAAGGAAGAAGAAGAAGCGGUUUGGAAGAGUCCUAGAUCCGUCGAAUUGCAGUCGCGUCUGGAAAUGGGGGAUCCCUUCUAGAAGCUUCUAGAAGGUUCCGAAGAGAGAGAGAAAGGGAUCCCUGCCAGAGAGAGAGAGAGAGAGAUGGAAUCGAUACUCGCGCGGGCGUUAGAGUACACGCUUAAGUACUGGCUGAAAUCCUUCUCGAGAGAUCAGUUCAAGCUCCAGGGCCGUACUGUACAGCUCUCCAAUCUCGAUAUAAAUGGAGAUGCUCUGCACUCAAGCCUCGGUCUGCCGCCGGCAUUGAAUGUUGCGUCAGCCAGAGUAGGGAAAUUAGAGAUUAAGCUUCCUUAUGUGUCGAAUGUGCAAACGGAGCCGAUCGUUGUCCAAGUUGAUAGGCUUGAUGUGGUCUUGGAGCAGAAUUCGGAUUCGGAUAGUGGGAGGAGCUCAAGCAGUAACCAAUCAUCCACAAGUUCUGGAAAAGGAAGCGGUUAUGGUUUUGCCGAUAAGAUCGCAGAUGGAAUGACUUUGGAAGUGGGUACUGUCAAUCUUAUGCUUGAAACCCAUGGAGGAGCUCGACACCAAGGAGGUGCGACAUGGGCAUCACCCUUAGCAUCUAUCACAAUACGCAACCUUUUGCUGUAUACGACAAAUGAAAACUGGCAGGUUGUCAACCUUAAAGAAGCAAGGGAUUUUUCCAAUAAUAAGAAGUACAUCUAUGUCUUCAAGAAACUUGAAUGGGAAUCAUUAUCUGUCGACCUGUUACCUCAUCCUGAUAUGUUCACUGAUGCUCAUUUGACAUUUUCUGAAAAUGGAGCAAGCAAGCGUGAUGAUGAUGGUGCAAAGCGACUCUUUUUUGGGGGUGAACGAUUUCUGGAAGGAAUAUCAGGGCAGGCUUAUAUCACUGUUCAAAGGACAGAACAAAAUGGUCCACUGGGGCUUGAGGUUCAGUUGCAUGUGACGGAAGCUGUUUGUCCUGCCUUGAGCGAACCGGGUUUGCGUGCGCUUCUACGGUUCAUGACAGCGUUGUGUGUGUGCCUGAAUAGAGGAGAUGUGGAUCCAAAGGCUAAACAGCGGUCUACAGAUGCAGCAGGUCGUUCUAUUGUGUCCAUCAUUGUAGACCAUAUAUUUCUCUGCAUCAAAGAUACUGAGUUCCAGCUAGAGCUUUUGAUGCAAUCGCUCUUCUUUUCUCGGGCGAGUGUAAAUGAUGGAGGAAAUACCAAAAACUUGUCUCGUAUUAUGGUCGCUGGAUUGUUUUUUAGGGACACUUUUUCGCAUCCUCCAUGCACCUUGGUGCAACCAUCCAUGCAGGCCAUUACAAAGGACACUCUGCAUGUUCCGGAGUUUGCUAAGGAUUUUUGUCCUCCAAUCUAUCCAUUAGGAGACCAUCAGUGGCAAUUCAACAUCGGUGUCCCUCUAGUUUGCCUCCAUUCUCUCCAGAUCAAGCCUUCACCUGCUCCCCCUUCUUUUGAUUCACAGACAGUCAUCGACUGCCAGCCUCUUAUGAUUAGUCUUCAGGAGGAAACUUGUUUGAGGAUCUCUUCCUUCUUAGCCGAUGGAGUUGUGGUCAAUCGUGGUGCUGUUUUGCCAGAUUUCUCAAUAAACUCCCUUGUAUUCACUCUUAAAGAGUUUGAUCUCACGGUUCCUUUGGAUAUACGAAAAUCAGAUAAUCGUGCUGGCAAUGGCGACAACCCAUUCCAGAGCUCCUUUGCUGGUGCAAGGCUUCAUGUCGAGGACCUAUUCUUCUCGAAGUCCCCAAAAAUAAAAUUCAGGCUAUUGAACCUGGACAAAGAUGCCGCUUGCUUCUGUCUCUGGGAAGGUCAGCCAGUUGAUGCCAGCCAGAUGAAAUGGACCACUCGAGCUUCUCAUCUUAGUCUGUCUCUUGAAACAUGCGGUGGUGUAACAGAACAUAAAACUUCUCCUGACUGGUCUGCCGGUUUGUGGAAAUGUGUCGAACUGCAAGAAGCCUGCUUUGAGGCAGCCAUGGCAACUGCAGACGGUGGUCCACUGAUCAGCAUCCCCCCUCCAGGAGGUAUCGUCAGAAUAGGAGUUUCUUGCCAGCAAUACCUGUCAAACACUUCCGUCGAGCAGCUGUUCUUUGUUUUGGAUCUCUACACCUACUUUGGUAAAGUUGGUGAAAAAGUAGCAAAAAUCCAAAAGAGCGACCAACCGAGAAGUAGAGAACCCCUGGGUGGAAGGAUAAUGGAAAAGGUUCCAAGCGACACAGCAGUCACUUUAGCAGUAAAUGACCUCCAGCUUAAUUUUCUAGAGACUUCUUCUGUGAAUAUUCAAGGAAUGCCUUUAGUUCAAUUUGGUGGAGAUGAUCUGUUUGUCAAAGUCACUCAUCAGACCUUAGGUGGCGCUAUAGCAGUCUCAUCCAGCUUGCGUUGGGAGAGUGUUCGGGUGGACUGUGUGGAUGCAGAUGAGAUACCACUGCAUGAGAACGGUACUGGGCAACCUACUGAAAAUGGUUUUUUCGUGGCAGGGAAUGGAUAUCCACAGAUGAGAGCAGUUUUUUGGAUUGAUAACAGAAAGAAACAUCAGCUAAAUGGCAUUGCCGCACCGUUUCCAUUUCUAGAGAUCAGCAUUGUGCAUGUGAUGCCUUACCAUUCACAAGAUAUGGAGUGCCACAGCUUGAGUGUGUCAGCCAAGGUAGCAGGCAUACGUCUUGGUGGUGGGAUGAAUUAUACAGAAGCUCUGCUGCAUCGUUUCGGUAUACUGGGGCCUGAUGGUGGUCCUGGGGAGGGCCUAUCGAAAGGAUUGAAGAAUUUAUCUUCUGGGCCACUGUCAAAGCUACUGAGAGCAUCAACUCUUGUUGAGGUUGAUGACGAAGAGAAUGAAAGUUCUGAAGAUGUGGAUAGUGGUGGGUUUUUGGAGUUGGGGAGGCCUGAUGAUGUUGACAUAUCCGUAGAACUGAAAGAUUGGUUAUUUGCCCUUGAAGGCACAGAUGAGAUGACAGUGGGAUGGUGGUCUUACAACCGUGAAGAUAUCAGUAGGGAAGCAAGAUGUUGGCAUACGGCAUUCCACUGUUUACAAGUGAAGGCAAAAAGUAGUCCAAAGCACAGUGUUAAUAGCUCGAGAAUACUGUCCAUGACACACAAGUAUCCGGUCGAAGUAGUCACAGUGAGUGUGGAGGGCUUGCAGGCCAUGAAGCCUCAAUCCAGGAAUGACAUCCUUCAAGCUGGUGUUUCUUUGAUGGAAGUCGAUCACACCAAGAAAGACACAGAAUGGACCAAAAGUGCUCCUGGAAACUGUGGAGGGGUAAACCUUGAAGCCCGCAUGGUGAUAUCCGAGGACGAAGAUAUUGAGAUUGUUAAAUGGGUGGUUGAAAAUGUGAAGUUUUCAGUUACACAGCCGAUUGAGGCAGUUGCAACCAAGGAGGAACUAGAACAACUUGCAAUUCUCUGCAGUUCUGAAGUUGACUCAAUGGGUAGAAUUGCUGCUGGGAUUCUGCGGGUAUUGAAACUUGAUGAAUCCAUCGGCCAGGCCACCAUAGAUCAGCUCAGCAACCUUGGAAGUGGGGGCUUAGACAAAAUCUUCACACCUGAGAAACUCAGCACACGCAGUAGCGUCAGCAGUAUGGGGUUCACCCCAAGGUCAAACACAGCUUUUGGGAGUCCAAGCCAAAGCUUGGAGUCGACGGUGGCAUCCCUUGAGGCAACAGUUUCAGAAUCACAAGCCAAGUGCUUGGCCCUCAUUACAGAAUUCAGUAGUCCUGAAUCUACCAUACAGCUUGCAGACAUAAAACAGCUCAAUCAGAAGCUUGAAAGCAUGCAGAUGUUAUUAACACAGUUACGGACUCAAAUUUAAUCGUUGCCAAACAUACACAGUUGGAAAUUAAGAUUUUCUGCCCAUGUAAUUGGCCAUUCUUUUUGUAUGUAUAAAUAUAAAUAUAUGUUGAGUAUGUUGCAACAGGCUGCAAUAAGUAGAGGUUGUGUAUCCUUCAGAAAUUUUGUGCCCUUUGAGGUGUGCCCCCAUUGUAUCAUUUGGACAAGUAAAGAGUAGAUGCUUGGUUC